AUGGGUGGGAUUUCCCUAGCCAAACAAAAUCACUGGGUAGAUGUCAUUCUGAGUCUCCAGAAACUCUCAGAUUUAUCUUUAGGUGGAUGUGAGCUGUCACAGGUCAUGUAUCCAUAUUCUUCUUCAUUUCUCAACUCUUCUUCUUCUUCUUUAUCCAUUCAUACCCUUUCUCUCCAAGACAACAAUCUCAACUCAUCCAUGUAUCGUUGGUUGUUCCUAUUAACCAGCAAUAAGCUUCGUGUUCUUUUGCUCUCUGGCAACAUGUUAGAUGGGAUACCCAAAUACCUUGGUAACCUCUGUAGUCUGGAAACUUUGUACUUCAAUAACAACUCUGCUAUUGUCAAAUUUCCUGAUUUUCUCAACAACUUGUCUGGUUGCACAUCCCUUUCAUUACAAUUGUUGGAUGCUCACGGUAGCCAAUUUACAGGGUCACUGUCCGAUGAGAUCCAGAAGUUUGCAUCCCUAGAAUCUCUGUACCUAUCUGAUAAUCAGUUAAAUGGAAGUAUAAGUGAGAAAUUGUGGGAACUACCCAGCCUUGAAACUGUUAUCAUUUCCUUUAAUAAUCUUACAGUUCCUUCCACAUAUCACUUGUCAAACAUCUCUUAUGUUAAAUAUCUUGAUCUGAGCUCUUGCAAGCGGCUAGGGCCUCGCUUCCCCAAAUGGAUUAUUCAGACACUUAAAAAUCUUACCUUUCUUGAUCUUUCCAAUACUGGAAUUUCGGACACAAGUCCUCUAGAGUUUUGGGACAGCUGGCCUUCUCAAUUAGAAUAUCUGAAUCUCUCUUCCAACAACAUUAGCGGGAAAGUACCAGAUUUAUUAUCGAAUUUUGCCUAUGAUUCAGUGAUAGAUUUGAGUUCCAACAGCUUUCAUGGUCCGAUACUGAAUGUCUCUUCCACUUUGACAUCAUUAAAUCUUUCCAGAAACAAAUUCUCUGGAGGAAUAUCAUUUAUAUGCCAAUUUGUUGAUGGGUUCUUAUCAUUUCUCGACCUCUCUCAUAACUCAUUAAGCGGACAACUCCCAGACUGUUUGUGGCAUUUCAAAGAGCUAAAAGUUCUUAAUCUCGAACACAACAAUCUCUUUGGAAGGCUUCCUCCCUCUAUUGGAUCUUUGAUGCAACUCAAUGCGUUGUAUUUAUACAAGAACAACUUCUCUGGAGAAUUGCCUCUGUCUUUAAAAAAUUGCACAAGUUUAAUCUCUUUGAAUCUGGGGGCCAACAAGUUUUCUGGUAAAGUGCCUGUCUGGAUUGGUGAAAACUUAACAGGGUUGUAUGUUCUUAUCCUAAGAUCAAACAACUUCUUUGGAACCAUACCCUUACAGUCAUGCCAUUUAGCUAAUCUUCAAGUUCUGGACUUGUCGAUGAACAAUCUCCAUGGAACUAUCCCUUCAUGUUUGAGUAAUCUUACAAACAUGGUUCAACAAGGAGGAUUCUCACAAGGUGAAUUUUCCUAUGGAACUGCGAGAAGUGAUAGUGUAAACACACAAGGUAUAUAUGCCGACCAUGUGACUAUUGAGUGGCAAGGAGAUGAACAUGAAUUCUUUAGCACUCUGAAAUUGUUGAAGAGCAUUGACCUGUCAAGCAACAACUUAACAGGACAAAUCCCAUACGAAAUUACCAAUCUUCAUGACUUGGUUUCCCUAAACUUGUCAAAGAGCGCUCUAUCUGGAGAGAUUCCACAGAAAAUUGGUGAGAUGAUAAAUCUUGAGAUUUUGGAUUUAUCCCGAAAUAAUUUCUCAGGGAGGAUACCAUCAAGCAUGUCUAAUAUGAGCUUCCUGAAUUACAUAGACGUGUCUUACAAUAACUUGUCAGGGAGAAUCCCAUCUUGCACUCAACUCCAGUCCUUUCCACCUUCAAGAUACAAUGGAAACGCGCAUCUAUGCGGACUUCCCCUUACCAAAAGUUGUCCUGGAGAUGAAGAAUCAAAAGCACCACCUCUUAUUGGUAAAAGCAAGGGUGAUGAGGAAGACACAGAUGAUGAUGAACUCUGGGGAUGGUUUUAUAUUGGUGGGGGCAUGGGUUUUGCUACUGGAUUUUGGAUAGCAUGCGGAGCUUUACUUCUCAACCGCCGAGGGAGACGUGCAUUUUUUCACUUUUUUGAUAGCUUCAAAGAUUGGGUUUAUGUGAAGGUGAUUGUGUUUAUUUCAAGUUUGCAAAAGGCUCGACAGACUUAG